AUGAGUGAUCCGUCACCAACUCGGCGUGGCGGCAGGCUACGACGGGCCUGUGAUCUCUGCCAACAAAAGAAAAUUCGAUGUGAUAACGGCAAGCCCGAGUGUGAAAACUGCCGUCUGUCUGGAUCCCAUUGCACCGUGACACGGAGAUCACCUCCAAUACGGAGUAACACCAAGGAACGACUUGCGGAAGCUAAAUCGCGAAUACGGGAGCUAGAAGCAUCAGUUAUAACCCAGAGAGAUUUACAGAGCCCCUUUCACGGCGACAGGUCUGCAGGCUCGUUUGACAGCCUGUCUCCUGGGUAUUUAGAGGAACCCCAUGAUGUUGAAACUACGCUGGCAAUGUUUCAAACGCACAUUGCAUUGUGUGGAGUUGGAGCUGCUGGCUCAGCUGAGAGGGACUCCUUCUGUUCACUUAUUCAUCAACGAACUGGUUGUGACUUUGAUAUUGAUAAGUUUUUACAAGGCUUGCCAAAUGCCUCUGGGAUUCCGAACUCUAGAGACCCAGAAAAGACUACAUCACAAAAGUGGCCUUCACAAAUCUUGGUUCAAACCUGUAUACACCAAUUUGUGAAAACAGGCCUGUAUUCAGUCUUUCCAAUUGCCAACGUUGAAGUGUUACAAACAUUGCUCAAUCAGAACAUCUUGGACCACCAAACCCAACCCACUCACAUAGCCAACCUGGCUUGCUUAGUUGCAUUCACAGCUUUAGUAACAGAACUACAUCGUCUUGAACCUGCUUUCUCUGAUACAGACCCGGACUCCUACCUCCGGGCUGCACUGUCACUGUUGCCCCGACUGUUGAUGGAGGCUGCUAAUUUGAGGACCCUCGAAACAUUUACCCUUAUCGUCACAUAUCUUCUGCCCAUCGGUCACACGAAAACGGCGGAUUUCUUACUAGCAGUCGCCGUCCGAAUUCUCUAUAAUAUAGGGGGAAACCGUUAUUCUGUGAUUCUAAAGCCCGAGGGAGGGCAUCUACGCGCUAUAUUCUGGCAUUGUUAUAUUCUGGAUAAGGAACUGGCUAUCCGUUUUGGACGCCCGCCCUUGAUCAACGACAUUGACUGUGACUUACGGCUGCCUGACAACUACAUUUCGUCCUGGUCGCAUGACCAUUUCUUCCAUCGCCCACUAUCCUCUCAGAUUCUUCUAUAUACAUCGGAUCUUCGCCUCGCGCUGAUCAAAUCAAAGAUCUAUGCUCUCCUCUACUCCGAUCACGGCCGGGCACAACCUGAGGCCAGGCGCCUUCAGUAUAUUCGCGAAUUAGAUGAAGAAUUGAACGCUCUAAAGUAUAGCUUUCCUUCUAGCUGCUGGCCUGAUGUGUUUGCAACAGGAGACUCGCCAGAUUACACAUUCCAUGAUUUAAGCCUACGGGGAGUCAACCUGCACCUCGAGUACUACUUCUGCUUGGGCAAAAUCCACGGAGCAAGCAACGCUUACAGUCUGACUUCCCCACAUAGCUGGUCUUUCCUGCCUUCUAGCGCCGAGCUCUUCUACCAAGAAUCACGAACCAUGCUGUUAUAUAUAUCUCGAAUACGACGGUUCCUCAACUGGCAUACUUACUGGAUCCAUGCUCAGUUUAUAUUGACCGCUGUCGUAUCACUUUUCCGACACCUCAUCAUUUCUCCCAUGGCGGACACCUUCAUCAGAGACCUCCAGAUCCUGGAGAAUACAGCGGAGACCUUUUCCGACCUUGACCGUGAAUCUCGGGCUACACGCCGUUUUGCGCCUUUCUUCUUCACCUCGUGCUUCACACGGAAACUGGUAUUCCUCGCAAAGCAAUCUUCGCGACAAGCCGGUGGUGGACAGCAUCAGCGAGUACGACCCUGA